AACAAAGUUCAAAAGUCAGGUCAGAUGGAGAAACCGGAUCAUGAAACGGGUAUUCCGGGUUGUAGACAAUCGGAUCUGAAGAAAUCAUUCAAAUCCGCUAUUCGAUCUCUUCUCACUGCUUGCUCCAAACAGGAUUUUCUUGAAAUUUUCUCGAGAUUCAGUGUGGCUGAGCAAGAAACGCUUUAUAGGUUAUAUAAUCAGGUUGUUGUGAGUUUGCAUCAGACAUUAGAGGAUGAGUUUGAUGAACACUGUCACGAAUCUCAGGUCGGACCAAUUCUUGAUACAGUUGAACAGCUGGUUGAAGAACAGAAUUUGGAUCCCUUGUUUUCAGAUAAGACGGAUGUAAUGGCAAUAGCAAAUGAUCUUACAACAGCAAAGAAGAAUGAGAUACAAAAGUUAACAGUUUUGCUCCAAAGGGCUGAAGAACAGAAUCGCCAGAAGGAAGCCCGAAUCCACCUGCUCAAAAAUCAGACACAAGAUUUCUCAGGCACAACUGACAGAAUCGAAAAGCUGAAAGCUGGGUUCUCUAGUUACUUUGAAGGAAAGGACAAGCUACCUCUAAUAUAGUUUCAACACACAAUUGCAGUGAUAAAGCCUGUCACUUUCAUUCCCCUGCAUUUGUAUAUACUUUAUUAGAGUCUUGUCAAUCUAGUCACAACUACUUGCUUCAUGUGUAAACUACUGACAAUCUGCAUUGAACUUGUUUUAGUUCGAUUACAAUUCAUGCAAAACUAUUUUCUAAGGUUACAAAAGAUGGUCAUUAGCUGCUAAA